UAAAACAUUAAUACAGGGUCCCUAACCAAGACACAUAAAAAGGGAGUUUUAUACAAAAAUUUACAACUUUUUACAAAUUUUACAACUCAUCUAAUAACCCCAACCUGGGGGCCUUUGGGUAGCUGCCCACUUUUCCUUGUUGGUAAUGCUUUGGGGGUUUGGGGUGUCUUUGAAACAAAUAAACAUUUGGAUCUGGGACAAAGACUGGAAUGUAAUCAUCAAUGCAAAAGUCUCAAAUGUAAAAAAAUAUGAUCAUGCUCAAAGUGGUCCUAGAUAGGCCUGCUUGAGCCAAAGUUUUAAUUUUGAGAAAAUAUAAAUACAAUAACAAUAUAUUCAUACAAAAGAUGCUCAUGCCAGGGGUACAUUAAAAAAACAACAACAAUAAAAGCAAUACAUCUAUAUAGAGAAAAAGUAAUACAAAAUCAGAAUAGAUUCUCAUUGGUCCAUAAUAAAUUGAUCAAACACAUAGUUAUUUUUGAUUGCCUUCUAUUUCUUAAUGCUUCUUAUCGUGGUGCCAAAUUGUCUCAGUUCUUGAUAAAAAAAAAUCAUAAUUAGUUUUGGAGUCUGCCCGUCUCUUCUUGUGUAUGUGGAAUUUUCCCCAAAAUAGAAUUAACUGUACAAAAAACACAAAAUCUUUUCCCUUCUCAUUACCUUAAAAACACAUAAGAAUAUCCUUUUCCUGAAAUUGAAUUGUUUGCCCAGUUUUCCUUAUUAAAUAAUGUUCAGAAUCCAGCCAAAAUAUUCUGGUAUACAUACUGUACACUGAUAAAUUAAAUGACAUAUUGUUUCUUCUUAUAGUUCACAGAAAGUACUCAAUAUUAAUUCUAAAUCUCCAAUGUCUUUUUUUGCUGGAUGCAUGUGAUGCAAAAUUUUAAAGGAAACUUCUAUAACUUUAUUACAAAGGAAAAAAUUGUCCCCAACUAGCCAUAUUUUCUGCCAAUUAAUUUCUCCAUAAAGCUAGUCCCAAAUGAAUUUUCCUGGAGGCAGAGUUACAGCUUGCAUGCAAUUCCUAAUGUAUUUAUUAGAGCAUUUAUUCUUGGUACCGUCGACUUCUCCAAACUUGAGCCAAAGUUACUCUCAGCUUCACUUCUCCCACAAGGCCCUGUAGCCUGCAGCAGGCAGCAGGCAGCAGGCAGCUUCAUCCAGAUCCAGCCCCCAUGACGAAUUACGAAUCGGCCUCGUCGGCUUCCAUCCCGCUGCCCUCUCGGUGCGGAAGUGUUGUCCUCCAGCUCCUCCAGCUCCUCCAGCCUCAGAGCAGCAGAGCCAGAGCUGCCACUGGUUGGGGAAACACUCCGCUAGUUCCAUAGCACGUCUUCUCUACUGCCGGGACUUGUCAGCACUUCUCUCGGCCGUGCAGCAGAGCAGUAAUAUGCGAGCACCGUGCGGAGUGUGGGAGCACCGUGUGAAGUGAGUUUCCUUGAAUCAUCUAUAUGGGCCAUCUUCUCUCGAAAAAUGGUUACCGCCUGAAGAAAAGGACGUGCAAGUUGCAUCACAGGAAGAAGAAGAAGAGGAACUGUUUCCUGCAGCUGCCUUGCAUGCUCUGCUUCAUUGUCCACAGCAAUAGCAGCGGUCUUGACGACGACAGCGACCAUUUGGAGGCCGGUGCCAACGGCAGCGUGUGCCGUCGCAACAGCAUCACAGGAAUCAGUGUUCCCGGUGUGGGUGGAGUUGGCAUCGGAGCAGCUGCUGCCUCAAAGCUCGCCGAACGAUACGCAACACUCGCAUCUCCUGAGGACUGCUCCAAGUUCCUGUUGUCACCGCGGGAGCUGGCUAUCUGGGAGGGCCAAGGGAGGAGCCUUUUAUCAGCUGUUCCUGCCAAACUCAUUCCACCACCAGUGUUGUUCCGAACCGCUGGGGUGUCUGUGACCGUGCCCAUACCUGUACCUGUGCCUGGCUGCACCAGUGACUACACUGAGAUGGUGUGUAAGAGGAAGUGCUCAGAGGUGCAGAGGUGCACCCCCUGUAAGCAGCCGCGCUGCGCCUUCGCUGCCCCUGACGGAGGGCUGGAGAACGGGGGAGUGGGAGGAGGCGGGGGAGAAGCCGCCUCGAACUCUGAAACUGGCCACUGCCACCUUCCCCUCUGUCCACUUCCCUCCUCUUCCGCCUCUUCUUCCUCUGCCUCCUCCUCUUCCUCCUCACCUGCUGAUGGCUGCUGCGGGUUGGGUCUUCAUGCUGAUUUGCCCCACAGUUCAGACUCGUCCCCCUGCUGCCUGCAUCAGUAUGACGACUGCCAGGCGAGAAGUUCUGACGCUGCUGAUCACUCAAGUAUCAACCACCUGCCUUCCUCCAUCCUUCUUAAGGUGCUCUCCCACUUAACAGUGAAGGAGCGCUGUCUGUGUGCCUCUCUGGUGUGUAAGUACUGGAGGGACCUCUGCUUGGACUUCCAGUUCUGGAAGCAAAUCGACCUCAGUGGCCUACAACAAGUAAACGAUGAUCUCCUGGUGAAAAUAGCCUCUCGGAGGCAGAAUGUGACUGAGAUUAAUAUCUCAGAUUGCAGAGGGGUCCAUGACCAUGGUGUGUCCUCCCUGGCCUCACACUGUCCAGGCCUGCAGAAGUACACAGCUUACCGCUGCAAGCAGCUUGGUGACAUGUCCUUGUCUGCCUUGGCUACACACUGCCCUCUGCUGGUGAAGGUGCAUGUGGGCAACCAGGACAAACUGACGGAUGAAGCACUAAAAAAGCUGGGAGAGCACUGCAGUGAGCUGAAGGACAUCCACUUGGGUCAGUGCUACAGUAUCACAGAUGAAGGCAUGGUGGCCUUGGCUAGAGGAUGCCCUAAACUGCAGAGACUCUACCUGCAAGAGAACAAACUGGUCACUGAUCGGUCCGUGCGAGCGGUUGCAGAGCAUUGUCCCGAGCUGCAGUUUGUUGGCUUCAUGGGCUGCCCGGUGACCUCUCAGGGAGUCAUCCAUCUUACUGCGCUACGGAGCCUGAGUGUCCUGGACCUGCGGCACAUCUCCGAGCUCAACAAUGAGACGGUGAUGGAGGUGGUGAGGAAAUGUCGCAACCUCAGUUCCCUCAACCUCUGCCUCAACUGGAGCAUCAACGACAGGUGUGUGGAAAUCAUCGCCAAGGAGGGCAGAAGUCUGAAGGAGCUCUAUCUGGUGUCUUGUAAAAUCACAGACCACGCUCUGAUAGCCAUAGGCCAGUACAGCAGCACCAUAGAGACCGUGGAUGCCGGCUGGUGUAAGGACAUCACAGACCAGGGAGCCACACAGAUCGCUCAGAGCAGCAAGUCCCUCCGCUACCUGGGCCUCAUGAGAUGUGACAAGGUGAACGAGGAGACGGUGGAGAGGCUGGUGGUCCAGUACCCUCACAUUGUUUUCAGCACGGUGAUGCAGGACUGCAAGAGAACCCUGGAGAGAGCUUAUCAAAUGGGCUGGAGCCCCAACACAUCGAACACGUCGUAGCUACUACUGUUUCUCACAAACACACACACACACACACACACACACACACACACACACACAUAGCUACGCAGAGGCCCUUUCUUUUUGUGUACAGACACACACACACACAAUAUUUGCAGCUCAGUCAUGUUUGCCUCUCAUCCACUGUUCAAACAUGCAUGUGAACAUGUAGCUACACACUCACAAAGGUCCAGAUCAACUGUUUCAUUUGAAGCAAAUCUCCCAUUUUAAUACUUUAAGUAAAAAAAUGGGCCUCCUGGUAUUUUAUAGUUAAAUGAGACAUCAUACUUCUACCAAUCUUAGGUUCUAAUCAACAACUUGACUGACUUUUCCUCAUCAUCAGUCAGAUUACAUCCAACAACAUUGUGUACUUUCUUUGACCAGAACCUUGACUGACUAGUUUGUUUCGGUGCAAAGCAGUGCACCAACAAGUUGAUAUCUUCUUUAAGUGAGUUGAUAGAGUAUUAAGCCUCAUACAUUUAAAGUCAUCCAUAUCACCUUGGAUGGAGUAGAGGAGUGAUGGGGGCGGUGUGGUCUUGAACAUGUGAGAGAGAUCCAAACUAACCGUUCAGUGGUGAGUGGACGAUUGUUUUUAAUGAGCAAGGAUUAAAAAAAAAAGGUUUGUCGCCCCAACUGGAGCCGACGUUCCUGAGCAAUGCGCCCAUGGGCAGCGUUUACGUCAUUCAAAACUGAACUCAACUGCUGCAGCGAGAUUGCACAAGACGGAGCAGAGACUCUGAGAUCAAGAGAGGACAUCCCACAACUUAAAACCGGAAGACAACUGAGCUGCCAGGGCUUCAGACCUCACCUGAGGCAUUUUGAGAUAUCUAUGAUGUUUAUUUUGUCCAAGUAGAUGAUUUUUUUUCCCCUCCUUUCUUGGAUGUUCGGUGUUAAAGGCAUUUGUGGACUCAUACGUGUUUGACGAGGCUCCAUUUGAAGGACAGAGCUCUUUGCUGUGACUUAAUAUGCACAUCGUCAUGGUACAUAAGAACGACUCUGGCACAUUCGUGGCAGGAAAACAGCAUUUCUCAAAAACAGCAUGUUUACAUUGAGAUCCUCAUCUUAUAUUUUUUCCAGCUACAGAGCUAUUAUCUACAGAUGACCUGACAUUGAAAUGAGCCUCUGUAUGACUCGGGAACAAUGCUGUUUUUGAUGCCGUGCAUUGAUGUAGAGUUGGCCGAGCGUCACCUUGAAGCAGUGCAGAAUGAAAUCAGACAGUGCUUGAAAUAGAAGUUGCCUUUACCUAAAAACCCUGGGUCAUGUUAUCAGAAUAUUAACCACGCCCACCGUGAUGACAGGUAAGAGGAAAUGUUGCCUUAAGUGCUUAGUGGGUAAUGGCCAUCCAAUUAGCGACCUGAAAUCGACCCAGAAUUUACUGAAGAAACCUUUAUCUGAUACCAUUAUUUGAUUAUCUGAUAUAUACAUAUAAAUAAAUACUGUGUGGGAUUUACUUAGCAUAAUAUUGGUUUUGAGCAUAUACUUGUAACAUUAGCUAUGUAGCAAUGCAACGAGGGAUUUAUCUUUCUUAGUGGUGUAGGAUGUAAAAAAAAAAAAAAACAACUGGCUUGGCCCUAUAACCAGAGCCAGUGGACGUUUGUAGGAGAGAGUCGAUCUUUUUUCAUCUAUUCUGUAGAAACUCAGUAGUGUACAGUAAAAAAUGCAAAUAACCAGGGUAUUUUUCUAUGGUGUGAACCAGCUCUGGGCUCAGACUCCACACACUGUCACUAAGACAUGAACAAUAGCUUACUGAGCUUAGGGUUUGAGCAGAACUGUAAACUUUCUACAGCAUAUAGAGAUUUCAGACAAUUAAAAACACCUUAAUUUUUACCCUUGUCAGGAUUUGUAGACUUUAACCGAUGGAGAGUUCCUCCCUCUGCCUGUUUUUGUUCUGUUUCUGUUCUUUUGUAAUCCCCAUAUGCACUUUCGUCUCUGCUAGAUGUUGACACAAUUGAUUCCUGAUUUGUUAAGGCAACCGUAAAUGACUGGAUUUACAUAAAGAUGAAUAAAACACUACUUCAAGCUUU